AUGAGUGAACUGCUGCUCACUGUGUUCCAGGCCGAGGCCAACAUGGAGUCUUUGAGGAGCGAGCUCGGGGCCUCGUUUGAGAGGAGACUGGUGGAGAGGGAGGCGCGGGUCAACCAGCUCACCCAAGAGCUGGAGGGUGUGAAACAGAAGAUGAAAGGAAGAGAUGAGCGUGUGAGGCACCUGAACCAGGAUGUGCUUGCUUUGCGAGCCACACAGGACUCUCUGACAAGAACCUUGGCUGUGAAGGAGAAACACACACAACAGCUGGUCCACGACAGCGUGCAGCUCCAAGAAACCGUGACCUCGCUGCAGAGCAAAUUACAAACGAGCGAGUGCAUGCUGAGGGACAUCGGCCAGACCCUGGACCAGACCACAAGCAUCCUGAACACGGAAAGACAGCAGAGAGAGCAGAACCAGGAGCAGUUGCAUCAGUGCAACAAAGAGGUAGAGCGUCUUCAGCAGGAACUCACUAAUGUUCAUCGCACCGCUGAAAAGAAGAUGCAGAGGAGGGAGAUUAAGAUAAGUUUGCUGGUGAAAGAGCUCACGGAGAGUAAGAAGCAGCACGCUGAUUGUCAGGAGCAGUUGCUCCACAGAGAGAAGGAUUUGGAGAAGCUGCACCAGGAGAGGGACGAGCUGAGAGCCAAGAUGGAGGAGCAGAGCAGCGAGUGUGUCCGCCUCAACCAGACCAAAGAGAGACUGGAGGCUGACUUGGCUCUGAGCCACGAGAAACUCCACGGCUCUCACCUGGAGAUGGCAGAACUGGAGUGUGAGCUGAGACACUUGAACCACACAGUCAGAGGACACCGAGAAGAGGCCUGUCAGUUAAGCAGAAAGGUCAGAGACACAGAGCGCCGCAAAGACCAGAAGGAGAAAGAACAACAGCGGCUGCACAAUCAGAUCCGUAUUAGUCAGCAACAGGUCGAGGCGUCUGAAGGGAAGCUGAGGAAGCAGGAGGAUGAGAUGGGACUUCUUCAUCAGCAGCUGAAAGGAGCCAAGGAGGAGCUCGACGUUGCCAGUUCCCAGAUCCAGGAGCAGAAUGAAACAGUAGCGAUUUUGAAACAAAAGUACGCUGCGGCAAUAGAGAAGGUUCAUAGGGUGCAGGGGCAGGUGGAGCUUUUAGAAGAGGAACUAAAGUAUUCACAGCAACAGCUAGGAGAGUCCCAGUUAGAAACGCAUUCCGUGAAGCGAGAGCAAGCCGAGCUGGAGCAGCGGCACCGGGAAAAGGUUAGCCAAUGGGAGAGCUCGCAAGAGGCUCUCGACCAGCUGACAGAUGAGCUGCAGGCCAAUCAGACCCUGCUGAGCGAGAGGCAACAAAAAGUGGACCACUUCAGAAGCCUGAUUGGAUCCCUGCAGGAGCAAGGGGAUAAGCUCAGACAACAGAAGCUGAUGUUGGAAUGUGACCUACGGCUUCAUAAGAAGAGUCAUUCUCACUCUGAUGAGGAGUACCUCGGCCUCCAAAGACACAGCCAGCAGCUACAGAAGCGCUGCACUGAGCAGGUUGAGCGCAUUGCAGAGUGUGAAGGGGCUAUCCUUCAGAUGAAGCCGGAGCUGGAGAGACAAACCCAGGAAAUGACGCAAAAUCUCGCGCUGUCCCACCGCACACACGUGAGCAUUUGCGGCCGCCUGGAACAGGAAGUGACACGCCUGAAAGCCCAGGUCACACACUUGGAGCUCGAGCUGGCGGAUACUCGAAAGGUGCACGCGGCGCUCCUCAGGCAGUCGGAGGAGGAGCUGGAGGAGGCCCGGCGGGAUGCUGCGGGAGGGAGCAGGGAGGUGGAUGCACGGAGAGGAGAGGUGCAGAGGCUUCAGGAGGAGUUACGGAAGCAUGAGGAGAAGACGAGAAGUGCCACCAGAGAGAAACAGAGUCUUAGCGCUUUCAUCCGGCAGCUGAGCCAAGAGGUGGAGGAGUUACGCGGCAAACACCAAGCGACAGUGGAGGAUUUGGCAGCCGGCGCAGAGGAAGUGAGGCGGAUGGAAGGCUGUCUGAGAGAGGGGAAGCUAGCAGAGGAGAAAAUAAGGUCAAUGGCCGUGAAGCUGGAGACGGAGGUGGCAGAGCUCAGGACGAACCUUCAACAGGCCGUCAGCCAUAAACUCCAGGCAGAGGGCGGGAAACAAGAUGCACAGGAGCAGGCGAACAUGCUCCGGGCCGAGCUGGAGGAGACGCUGUCUGACAAUGCAAACAUUCGCCAUGAGAGCCAGCUGGUCAUGACCAACGUCAACCGCUGGAUCACCGAACAAAAGGCUUCCAGCGAGAACCUCACUGCUCAGAUGAAGGCCCAGAACGAGCUGCUGCUCAUGGUCACUAAGGAGAACGGACAUCUUCAGGAGGCUAAUGACACAUUGAAGGUGGAGGUAAAGAGACUGAAGGAAGUGGCGGAUGAGAAGGAGAGAGACGCGCAAUGCUUCAAGGUGAACAAGUGUGCGGGAAGUGGGGGAAAACAAUGUAUUAUGGGAUGUUUCGAGCUGUAG